AAUAGAAAUAAAGGAUUUGUCGGGGGGAAAGAUGGGAGGAAUGAAAGAUGAAGCAAAGAGGAUAACAAUUCCUCCAUUGUUCCCAAGGGUUCAUGUGAAUGAUACUGGAAGAGGAGGCUUGUCUCAACCAUUUGAUGGCAAAACAAUGUCUCUCAUCUCUUCUAAACGUCCCACUCUUCCUUCUCCGACCAACAUCUCUGAUUCUCUUUCCACUUUCUCUUUGUCUCUUCCUCCACCACCAAACAAUCUCAUUGAUGGACCUGAAAAGAAUCAGUUUUCUCCAAUCUGCAACACAAAGUUUGAGGGGAAGAUGAAUAAAAAAGGCAUGAAUUAUCCAAGUCCUAGAGGAUCAUCAGUUACUAAUACUAAACCUAGUUCAAUAAAACAAAAUGAGUACCUCAAGAACCUUACCAACUUGGAUUCUCUUACGGUUCCUGUUGUUAGACGCUCGGAAACAGAUACAAAAGCAAACACAGAUUUGUCACUCCAGUUUUGUACUAGCAGUAGCAGUAAAGCCGGAGGAGAAGCUAUUGGUUCUAAGAUCCUUUUGUCAGAAUGUUUGGAAGAUGAAAGCCAGAAUGGGUCUCCAAAGGUGAUAAAAACUCAAUUAUAUAGAAGAAACUUUGCUGAGUUUAGCAAUGAAACUCUAAAGAAGCCUAAAACUCUCCCUCGGCGUGAACAAGAUGCUUCAGACUGCUCUGCGAUAGACUCUAUGUCUGGUAUAAGUGCAUCUUCUUAUAAUGUUGCCAGAGUGAUAGGUGAAAGGAGUCAGCAAAAGAUCUUUGCCGGGCAAGUAUUUGAGCUGCAUAGACUGAUAAUGGUUCAAAAGAUGAUUGCGAAAUCGCCGAACUUGCUUCUUGAAAGUAAGCUUAAUGGUGGCAAACAUGGGAUAAUGAGGUCACCCCAUCAGCUGACAAUGGCCGCUUCAAAGAUUAAAAAAACAAACAUUGAGAAUCACAAACCUGUAACUGAAGAAUAUCCAGAGCAUAUGAAACCAAAGCUUCCUCUACCUUCCAUAAGCAAAGAACUCGUGACACCGAUUUGGCCACAGCAGCUACUUCCUCCUCCUGGAAACCAAUGGUUAGUUCCUGUAAUAUCUCCUUCAGAAGGUCUGGUCUAUAAACCAUAUGCAGGACCAUGUCCUCCUUCUUCUUCAGCCUUCAUGGUUCCAGUUUAUGGCCAAGAUUCACUCGAGACAGCAUUCAGGUUCCCUGUUUCUUCUCAAUUUAGCCACAGCUAUUUCCCACCGCCUAACGCAAGGACAACAGUUGACCAAACAAACCCGUUUGGUCAGUAUCAAAGAUGGUCCAACACAUCAAGCCACAUGACACAAGCCAUACCAUUUUCCUUAAAGAAGUCUCAGGAAUCUAAUGACAGUGACAUACAUGGAAGCACAGCUUCAAGUCCACCAGAGAAGCAUAAAUUUGAAGUGCUUCCUCUGUUUCCUACAGAGCCUACCCAUCAAACUGAUGAGUACAAGCAGAAACAGCAACCGGUGCUUCGUGCCAUUAAAGCCGUUCCUCAUACUUCAACAUCUGCCUCUGAAUCUGCUGCAAGGAUCUUCCGUUCCAUUCAGGAAGAAAGAAUGGACUCAGAUCAUAUGAUUAGUUAGUUUUUUAUAUUUGAAAGCCUUCCACAUUCUUUUGCUCUCAUUGCUUCUUCAUCUAGUUUAGAUUUUCAGUAUAUUCUAUUUACUCUUCUUAUGAAGAUGUAAAUCAAAUACUGUCACUAUA